CCGCCCCCUCCGCAAGCGCCCCGCAUACUCUGCCAAAGCAAGGACACCAGUAUCUCCUGGGCGACGAGGAAACAACCGUGAAUAAAGGUCAUAUAUUGUGUAACACUCUCUGGGGACUGCGCUUACCGGCACACGAAAGGAUACUCGUCAAUAUAGAAAGUAUCACAUUCACACAUUGGGAUAGCCUACUUUUCCCCUUCCUCUCCGUUCCAAGUGUCAAACUGCGUGGUAGGCUACAACAAAUUUGAAAUGUAACGCUAUACAUGCCUGCCGGGAUACAUGAGUUACAGUCAGCUGGAUGCAGCUUUCACUCCGAAACAAUGGGCAGAUGUUGAUUUGGUUUUGGGCACCACUGUCCAUCGCUAAAUUUAAUUGUUGAUGGACAAUAAAUUUAACAGCUGCGGGACAGAGAUCAACCUCCCCUGGGUCGCCUCUGUAGCGCCCCCCUACAGCCCGAAAACUUUCCUCUCUCGAAGUGAUUUCCUCCCCUGUUUUUACUUCCUGUUUUCAACGGGAGUCACUUAGCUCAGCUCCUUUCAUUUCAACUUUUGCUCCUCUUUACCGUACUCUGCUUUUUCUUAUAUUAAUCCUUAUCUGCUGUCGCUUCUUUUCGACAAAGUUGCUCGAACUAAAUCUCUUCGUCUCUUCUCUCGAUUUUUUUACGGACAGAAGAAAAUGUUGGACUCGAUUUUAACUUCGGCCCAGAUGGAUUUUACGUAGAUCUUGUUUUUAUUUUAAAAUAUGGACCGUACUUUACAUCUUGUGACACUUUCUAAAAAAGAUUCGUUUUCUUCUCUGCUAGGCUUGUCCACCUUCGAUCAUUCACUAGCAACAUAGAAACCUAGCAAGCUAGAUAGCUACCUCUCCUUUGCCGACUUACAGUUUGCACCAUAUUCUAUUUGUAAUACGUUUUGAUACCGUUGUUAGCUUUUUACUUUUUUAAUUUAUUUCUUUUCGAAAGUUAUUAUGGCUGACUUCCAGCGUCCAACGUUGUGCUGUUGCCGGAAGGUGCUGACGGUGCCCAGCAAGUCGUGUGAGGGUGGCCGGGGGAUGGGACACUGUCACCGGGUCGACAUUGCUUCGGCGUCCAACUUCCAUAGCUUUAAGCUCCGUCAUUUCCACCUCGACCUCCGCCUCAAUUUUGCAAUAAAGGAAAUGACGGGUUGGCAGGUUCUAGAACUGGUACCAGUCCAGCCCGGGGUGCAAACUCUGGUUCUGGACACACACCCGUCCCUGCUCAUCCAUUCCAUAGACUGCAAGGUGCCCGGAACUGCCGGCGCCCCGGACACCUCUCUUUCACUUACCUACCGGGUGGACCCUUUCACCGAUUACGGUUCUUCACUCAACAUCAGCCUCCCGGCCGCUGUGAUCCGACCACACCGGGCGUUCCAGAUCACCAUCCGCUACACUACGACAGACGGCCCUGCGAUAUGGUGGCUGGAUGCGGAGCUGACCUGUGGACAGACUCGGCCCCUGGUCUUCACUCAGGGACACUCUGUGUGCAACCGCUCCUUUUUCCCAUGUUUCGACACACCGGCUGUCAAAAGCACCUACUCCGCCACCGUCCGAGUGCCAGAGGGGGUAACGGUGCUCAUGAGUGCUUCGCACAGUGCAUACUCCAAAAGGGACAGGGUCUUCCAGUUCUCCAUGGAGUUCCCCGUUCCGGCGUAUCUGGUGGCGCUUGUAGCAGGAGACCUGCAGCCUGCCGAUAUUGGCCCCAGGAGUCGGGUAUGGGCGGAGCCCUGUGUGCUGACUUGUGCUGUCAGUAAGCUAGGUGGCAGUGUGGAGCGCUGGCUGGGUGUUGCAGAGGGGCUGUUCGGACCAUACGUUUGGGGCAGGUAUGACAUCGUGUUCUUACCACCCUCGUUCCCCAUUGUUGCCAUGGAGAACCCCUGCCUGACGUUCAUCAUCUCUUCCAUACUGGAGAGUCAUGAGUUUCUGCUGAUCGAUGUCAUCCACGAGAUCGCCCACGGCUGGUUCGGGAACGCUGUCACCAACGCCACCUGGGAGGAGAUGUGGCUGAGUGAGGGACUGGCCACCUACGCACAGAGACGCAUCACUACAGAGGCCUAUGGUGAGGCCUUCACCUGCUUGGAGACGGUGUUCCGCCUGGACGCUCUGCACAGACAGAUGCGGCUGCUGGGGGACAACAACCCCGUCAGCAAGUUGCAGGUCAAGUUUGAGCCAGGUGUGAACCCCAGUAGUCUGAUGAACUUGUUCACUUAUGAGAAGGGCUUCUGCUUUGUGUCCUACCUGUCCCAGCUGAGUGGGGACAUAAAGCGCUUUGACAGCUUCCUAAGGGCCUAUAUCGAGCAGUUUAAGUUCAGCAGUGUUGUGGCCCAGGACCUGCUGGAGUUCUUCCUGGGCUUCUUCCCUGAGCUGAAGGAGGGCUGUGUGUCCCAGAGAGAGGGACUUGAGUUUGAGCGCUGGCUGAACGGGUGUGGCCCUCCCCUGUGUGAGCCGGACCUCUCUGCCGGGGGGGUGCUGACUGGCCCGGUCCAGCAGCUCUGUGAGCUGUGGGGGUCUGACCCCCCCGAUUCCCAGGCCAUUGCGACCUUCGACCUCACCUCCUGGAGCACCUUCCAGACAGUACUGUUUCUGGACCGACUGCUGGACCGAUCUCCCCUCUCCCACGAGGUGAUGACCCGCCUGUCAUGCUGCUACUCUACACUAUUGGAUGGCAUGAACGCGGAGGUGCAGAUUCGCUGGCUGCAGAUCGUGGUUCGGAACAGCUUCUAUCCCGACCUGCCCCGAGUCCGCAGCUUCCUGCACAAACAUACAUCUCGCAUGUACACGGUGCCUCUCUAUGAGGACCUGUGCUCAGGGGUGAUGAAGUAUUUUGCGGUGGAGGUGUUCUACCAGACCCAGGCCCGUUUACACCCCAACCUGCGCCGGACCCUCCAGCAGAUCCUGUACCAGACCAGCGCUGUCCCCACCGGGGCCACCCCACCGCUGCUGCCCCCGCCCGCCACGGCCCCCGCCUCCGCCGACCCCCCCGCUGCCGGAACCAUCGCCCUGCGAGACGUCAACGUGUCUGCCUGAGAGAGCCGCGGACGGACAGACAGACACGCGUACGCUGGAAGAGACAUGGUGAUGCUGACUGGUCCUGGAGUAGGAGCAGAAUAGGACUGAACCUGGCUGAAGUAUUAAGUCUGGUCUGAAGGAGACUGGACCCGGGGGGGAGGAAAGAGACCACUGCGCACACUCAAGGAGGCGCACACGCAUACGCAAGCAGUGGUUUAUUUAAUGUUGUUUUGGCAUGUCCGAAUUAUGUAAGCUAACUGUUGAAGCUGCUCUGGGGCAAGCAACAGACAGAUGAUCUGCCUUUCUGUCUGUCUGUUUGUCCAUCUUUCUGUUUAGCAGUUUGUCCGUGCCUGUCUUUGUAUAUAUGUAUGCAUGUCUCAAAAGUGCCCAGGCAAAGCCCUUGAGCUGGAUUGUGUGUGUGCGUGUGUGCCUGUGUGUACGUGUGUGUGUGUGUGUGUUGGUGUGCUUGUAUGAGAAACCCUGGAACAGUUCAUACCCAUCAACAGUAGCUGGACCCAACUGGGUUAGAUUGUCUGUUGACUGCUUGACUUGAUACUAGUGAAUUGUUGGUCAAUGGACUGGACCAUGUUUAGACUCAUGCAUUGCUUUAACUUGACUGGACCAGGUUCAGAACCAACUUCCAGUCUCUCAGUUAAAGUGACAGUGUGAGUCAGUGACUUGAGGUACUUCUGCUCAGAGCAUAUUUUGAGAGAAGCGUUAUGUAUGAAUAUGUCCCUUCCUAGGGCAGAUUCGAUAAAGAAAUCAGUGACA